AAAUAGUUUCCAUGUUGUCUGGAGGAGGAGUGAGUUGUAUAUAGUCUACACCUCCUCUUUCUUUACACACACACGCAGAGUGCUGGAGUAAGCUUAACACAUUUUCACUGUUCGGAGUUCACGAAACCAGAGAAAAGACAUGGCCGUCCAGCAGCAACCAGUAAGCGUAAGCGUGGCAGUAAACACGUACUCCCCACCUCCAGUAACAACCUCCCCUCAAGGCCUUGGGAAUUGGAGCACCGAACUCUUUGAUUGCUGCGGUGAUAUGAAGACCUGCUGCUGCGCUCUGUGGUGUUUCCCCUGCAUGCAGUGUCAGACAGCGAAGGACUUCGGCUGGUGCUGCUGCAUGCCACUGCUGGACUUCUGCGGCGUGGUUUCCUGUACACUCCGGUCCUCCAUCAGAAAGCAAUAUGGCAUCCCUGGCUCGUGCAUGGGCGACUACUGCACGGUGUGCUGGUGUUACGCGUGUACCUGGUGUCAGAUGCAUCGGGAGCUGAAGAUCAGGCAGUGAAGAGAUAGGAUGCAACUGUUAAUUGGCUUAAAUUAGAUGUAGUCUACUGCUUUAUACAGCAUAAAAGUUGGUGUCAACUACAUUUCUAUGUAAAAACAAAAAUAAAGGUCAUACUCUUUGUAAUGUUUUAAUAAUUAACUCUGAUUUAUUGUGGUCAAUAAAGAUUUUCUAUUUCAGCUUACAAA